AUGCCGGAUGUAGAGUAUUAUUGCGUGAGAAAUGAGGGCACCAUAUCUUCGAGCAAUAAUUCCAUUCUCGAGUCCAUCAAUAGUGAUUCUUGUUUCCAAUAUCUAUUCCAUAAACCCAACAAUACGAACUUUAUUCGAGACACUUUUGGAAUCAAGCUAUUUGUUGCAGAUUUUUUAAAUAUGAAUUAUGAUUUUCUUAAAAUUAACAACGAAUGGUUUAAGAAUCUCAGUGCCACACACAUUCCCCCUGAAGUGCAAGCAUUGUUACAACUAGGCCAAGGGUUUUGUUUACCGAAUCUUAACGUAGAUAAUGCUAGGAUUGAAUUUAUAAAGGAUCUCGAACACAAUUUUUUCAGAUGCAAGAUACCUAACAUUAAAGAACUCAGAAACAAAAUAUUCCCACUUUUGAAAAAUAUGAAUAAUACCACUCACACGGAUAUUGAAAAAACGAUUAUUGCACUUCACUCAACAACAAAAACUUUUUGUAAAAAUAAUCCACAUAUUAUAUUUAUUACCGCAGAUAAAGGCAAUGUUGUCGUGGCGCUAGAUAAAUUUGACUAUAUUAGGAACAUGGAAUUGUUGUUCUCUGAUGCUCAAACAUAUUCUAUACUUAAACGUAAUCCGGCCAAUGCGAUUAUAUCUGAUCUUUUGUCUCUAUUAAGAUGUUGGAAGCGUCGCGAUUUGAUCUCGGAUUCCAGGUAUAAAUUUUUAUAUUCAUCUAAUAAAAUUUUGCCACGUGCUUAUGGACUAAAAAAGAUACACAAAGUGGGGUACCCAUUACGGGUCAUUAUUUCAUCUACCGGUAGCCCACUUCAUAACUUGGCUUCUUUUUUGCAUAGAAUUUUACAUGACAACCUUCCACGUGCAAAAAGUUGUAUUAUCAACAGUUUCCAUCUGACUGACGUACUCUGUUCUCUGACAAUUCCCGACGAGUCUGUUUUGCUGUCUCUUGAUGUGGUUUCUCUCUUCACGAACGUUCCUGUGGAGCUUGCUAUGGACAUUCUCUCGACGAAGUGGUGUUAUAUUGAACGUAAUACAGAGCUUCCUAAAUCAGAAUUUUUUAAGGCCUUAAAGUUGGUUCUCAGCUCUUCAUAUUUUACCUUUAAUGACAAGUUCUACAAACAGACUUUUGGCGUACCUAUGGGGUCUCCGCUCUCUCCCAUUAUUGCAGACAUCGUUAUGCAAGAGUUAGAAUCCAUCUCAAUAAGAAAACUGACAACAACACCGACAUUCUAUGUAAGAUAUGUGGAUGACAUUCUAUUGAUCACUGAAUCAUCUGAUUACAGUGAAAUUUUAGACACAUUCAACGAUUACCAUCCACGUUUAAAAUUCACAAUGGAAGAGGGAGGAGACACCAUCAAUUUUCUGGACGUCACGUUAAUAAAAGAAGGCAGACAUAUUAUUACGGAUUGGUAUAGAAAACCAACUUUUUCGGGCCGUUUUUUAAACUUUUUUUCCUGCCAUCCUAUCUCUCAAAAAGUGGGUACCAUUUUGGGUCUGAUAGAUAAGGUGAUUUUACUUUCCCAUCCAAGAUUCCACAGGGAAAAUUUCAAUAAAGUUAUCUCUAUUUUGUUAAAGAAUGGUUACCCGCUUAGAUUAAUCUUUUCCACCAUUAAAAAAAGACUGCAGAAAAAAUUUCAACAAUUAAACAAUCGUAACACAUCCAUGGACCCGGUCCUUUCAUCUGAAGAUAGGAGAUAUUUUACUAUUCCAUACAUCCCAUCCAUAACAGACAAGAUAAAAAAUUUCAUAAGGGGUAUUCCGGGAUUGAAGUUGGCAUACAGGGGUAUUCAGAAAUUAAAUGCAUUCAUUAGAGUGCAAAAAGAUAAAUUACCGACCACAUCACAAGCUGAAAUAGUUUAUAGACUUGACUGUAGAGACUGUGAUGCCUCUUAUGUAGGCCAGACUGGUAGAUGUAUCGGUGUACGGAUGUCAGAACACAAGAACCACAUUAACAGAAAUACGUCUCAAUCGUCAGUUAUUACCGAUCAUAGGUUACAGACCUCCCAUGAUUUUGAUUGGGAUAACGUAAAAAUUUUGGAUAAAGAGAUGUUUUGGAAUAAGAGAUUGUUAUCUGAAAUGAUCCAUAUCAAGAGGCAAAAAAAUGGUCUUAACCUACAGAAUGACACAUUAAAACUUGAUCCGUUAUAUGAGAGUCUCUUUUCAAUUUCGUGA